GAGGGAUACACUUGCUUACGUUGGGCCGCUCGUUAUGGACAUCAGAGGACCGUUAAUAUGCUGCUCAAGGCCGGAGCAAAGAUUAGUGCGUCUGACAAGGACGGAUACACGGCGCUACGCUGGGCAGCACGAGAGGGAUACAAGUCGAUCGUCAAGACUCUAAUCGAUAGAGGCUCAUCGAUCGAGUCAGCUGGUUCCGAGGACUGGACAUUGCUGAGAUGGGCAGCACAAGAGGGCCAAGAUUACAUCAUCAGCCGUUUAGCUAAGAGAGGUGUCGGUUUGGAUGUUUCGGACUCCGAGGGGCUGACUGCUCUGAGCUGGGCCGUGAAGUACAACCGGGAGAUGACUGUUUGGCAGUUGAUCAAGGGUGGUGCAGAUGUCAACAAGCCGGAGAUAAAGGGAAACCGACCUCUUCAUCUUGCUGUAGACAAUACUAGCGGUCAUCACGACAAGAGCUCUCUGAACAUCCUCUGGAUUCUCCUGCAGAAUAGAGCCAAGAUUGACGCUAGGAACAAACACGGAAUGACACCUCUGCAUCUAGCAGCGGCCCGAGGAAACGCGUCAAUCGUUUGGCUGCUGCUUCAAAACGGAGCA